UGGAUCAGUCAGGAGUUAAACAUCGUUGGGUCACAUUUGUUAGGAAGUCAGAAUUUGCCUUCAACAAGCAGCGUAAAAUCCACGUUUUGGUUUCCUUGUGCGUAAUUACGCAUCCAGAUCUUCACUUACAGACGAGACUGAGUGGCUGAACUUGUUCAAGUCCCUGCGAAGAAAAAGAAAGAAAGAAAGAACCAAAGCAGCUAUGGAUUUGGCGUGUUUGGUGUGUUUGGCACUGUGCGCCGGUGCUUGGUUCGUCUCUGCUGAGAGACACAGCGUCUACUGGAACAGCUCGAAUGCAAACUUCCUGUGGGACGGUUACACCGUGGAAGUGAGCAUCAAUGACUAUUUGGACAUCAUCUGUCCCCACUACACCCACGGCGAGGUGUCAUCGCACGCCGCCGAGCGCUAUGUGCUGUACAUGGUGGAGAGGGACGACUACGAGGUGUGUAAACCUCAUUCCUUUGACCAGCUGCGUUGGGAGUGCUCGCGGCCUUUCGCUCCCCAUGCCCCUGAGAAAUUCUCUGAGAAGUUCCAGCGCUUCACACCCUUCACCCUGGGCAAGGAGUUCAGACAGGGAGAGAGCUAUUAUUAUAUCUCCAAGCCAAUGCAUCACCAUGGCCAGGACUGUUUGCGGCUGAGAGUGGAUGUCGUCGGAAACAAAGGCUCUGGAAAAUCUCACCUGGACAAAUCCAAGACAGAGGAGAUGGGGAAAAGCCAGGAUGGAGGAAAAAUGAAGUUCCCUGCUGGCGGAGGAGUGCACAACCCGUCAAACCGGCUCCCAGCAGAUGACCCUGCUGUGAUGGAGCCAAACGUCCAGAGGAGUGUGGGCAGUUCAGCAGCACAGCUUGUUUCUUUUUCACUCUUCUUCACCAUAAUCCCAGUCUUAAUAGCGCUGAUGCUGCACUAAGACGAAACCACAACAGAGACAAUACUAAGCCAAUGCUGGUCAUUGGGACCAUGAAGACUCAAGAGAUUGUUUUUCUACAGAUUUUUUUUAUACAAAGCAGUGCUGUCGGUGUGUGUUCGUUUGACGUGUUUGUUUGCGUGAACGUGGAAUGUGGAUCAUUCCAAAGAAGAAGACCUCAAAAGUAUGCGUGCGUGUUUUUGUUUUGUUUUUUAUACACGAGGAUGGAUUUCUCAUUUUUGAACAUUUGAAAUGCACAUUUUUUUCAGUCAUAAUGAACAAAACUGGAAGCACACUGAUCAAAACACUUGAAUAACAUGAAUUAAUGUUGGAUAGGAGACGACAAGAGGAGCUCGAUACUUUUAUCCUUUAACAUGAUCCGCACCGUUGGUACAGCUGUGCAUUGUAUUACUGAUUUCAAACGGCUAAUGUCAUUUUUCUUCCUCUUCAUGUAGAGAAAUUAUUGACCGUGUAUGUGAAAUGUUGUUGGCUACUGCCAAAGUGCAUCACGCCGUCAUUUCUGUCAUGUAGCACUUGGCUCCCUGUUGUAUCUCUGUAAGUCUGGCAAAGCGUCACUUAGGCAUUCACAUGCUUCAGGUACUCUAGAAUGUAAAGAAAGUACACAUGUUGCUUUUCAUGUAAACAAACCAACUGUUGGUUCUCAGCCAAUAUAUUUUGCUUUUGAUAGUGGAAAAAAAAAGCCAAAGUGAUCAAUACCAAAUUUAAAAGAAACGCAUCACAGUUAAAUGUGCAGUGUGUAACCCUACACAACUGUUCUCCAACCCAUUUGGAAGGAAGGGUGAGGUGAGGGAUAAUACACAUUUUACACGCUGUACCUCUUCAUUUGGAUCAUCUUGUAAAUUCCAAAUCCCCGACGAGUUGUUGUGUUGAGUUGUUGGCAGUCACAACACAACUGGCAGGAGUGUCAGGGAGCUGAGCCUCUUCCCUCAUGUCUGCUGUCUGUGCAGUAUCAUGGUAUGGUACACUGGCUGGUGUUUGCAGAUGUGAUCAAACUUGCACAUUGUCAGACCUCAAACCGAAGGGACUUCCCACAAUAUACACUUGUUUUUUUUGUUUUUUUUUUCCUUGUUAAACAUACUUUGUAAAUGUUCAUAUGUAAAUUUGUACAUAGAAGAAAAAACUAUACGAAACUGUUUUAAGAUGUUCAGAAAAUCUUUGGAGAAAUAAAAAACGUGAUGUAAUAAACA